UCUAUGUCCAUCUCCAACUCGCCGAUUGGUAAAUGGGAUCGCAUUCUUCGUAGUUUAGGCUUUAAUGGGCUAAUUUGAAGGUGUCGUGGAAAAGCCACCUUGCGUAAUGAUGGCGUUGCCUGCGUUUCUCGUCUGGAACAAAAGUUGGGUGGUGAUUAGUGAACAGGGUUUAGCCGUAGGUCUCUCAUCCUGUCUGCGUAGAGCACAUACUGUCAGCUUUGACUCCCUCCCUCAUCAACAAUAUUCAAGUUUUGCAUUGAAAAUGCAAUCGAAAACUUUAAUUGAACCUUUGGCAAAUGGAAGGCGCCGCUAUACACUGCUUUACGCAGUAAAAAUAUCUCUACUAUGCCUCACGUGAACAAGUCGUUAUCUUGUAGGAACGAUGUGAUUUCCCGAAGUCUGGCUGGGCCAAUUGAAGCAUCAGCUGAGUGUCCAUAGCAAAAC